AUGUUCCAUCAACCGCCAGAUAAGCCUCGCGCGACUGGCUUCGAUGAUGAUACGUUUGGGUUUGCCAACCAGGGUUGGGAUAGGUAUGGCUUCGGCAACGUGUCGUCGCCUCCUCCGGCGAUGCCUCUGCAGCCCAUCCAGAGGACCGGACGGGCCUAUUCCACGGCAUCGGUAAUGGACUGGACGCCCGACAUCGACACGACCUUUCACCACCACGGCGAUGGGGUGGCCAUGUCGCCAGUAGAAAAUGUCGAAAUGGAUAGCCUGGGUUCGUCUCAAGGAGGGGGAGGGGUUGGCCGCUUGGUCGCGCAUUUCGAGAAUAAAGGUUAUGUCCCGCCAUUGCCUCCUCGGCCCAUCAACAACCAGCCGCACCAACCGCACCAACCGCACCAUCUUGGUACCAGCCCUUCAAUAUCGUCACAGUUUGGCAGCCUGAAUUCUGUAGCCCAUACGCAUAGGAUCUCGAGCCCAGUUGCUAGCUCAGGUGAAUCCCAAUAUGGCUCACUUGGUGUCCAUUCGCCCCCAACUCCCAGCCCAAUCGGCACCAGCAUGGGCCGCUCUGGCAGUGUGCACUAUGGCAGUUUCCAUGAUACUCAGCAGGUGCAUAGUCCCGGUAUUGGCACGCCAUUUGGAGGUAUGGAUGGGUUCAUGAACUCUACUCGUGUGAAUAGUCCGAUGGUAUCGACGCCAAUGAUCUCAACGCCCAUGGUAUCAACGCCCAUGGUGUCCAGCCCGAUGGCCACUCCCGGAGUUCCUGGUACCCCUGGAUUCGAAAUAUGGCGACCUCCUCCUUCGAUGACCACCCCCAUCAUCAAAACCGAACCGAUCACCAACCCUGCCAACUUUGGCGGCUAUUUCAGACCUCCCGUGCCAACAACACCAAAGCCAGUUGUCAACGCAGGCAACCAGUUCAUCUUGGAAUUCAACCCCAGCGCCAAAGCCGCCAAAGGGAAAGCCCCAGCAAAACCUCCCAGGCCACGAUUGCCUCCACGGAAACCCUCUGUCGCGCAGGCACAAAUAUCAGCCCGAGCAUCGACACCUGCUCAAGCACCAACACCAGCACCCGCACCAGCACCCACCCCCGCCGCUGCCUCAACGCCAGGCCCAAUGUCUCCUCCUCCUAAACCGCCUCGACCUACCGAACCAUCAUCUUCAUCGACACCUCUUGCUGCACAACGGCAGGAUUCGAUUUCUCUUCGUGCCCAGGCAGGUACUAGGCCGUCACGGGAACAGGUUCCUGCAGAGGCUUGGGAGCAAUAUAAGUCCACCAUCAAAACCCUCUAUCUUGAAGAAAGAAAACCAUUGAAGGAAGUCAUGAGCAUCAUGGCCGACAAAUAUGGCUUUCAAGCAACACCCAAGAUGUACAAGACUAGGUUUUCUCAAUGGGGUUUCGUGAAGAACAACACAGAAGAGGAAGUAAAGCGGCUAUUGUCGAUGAAGUUCCAGCGCGAUGCCGAGGGCAAAGUUUCCGAGUUUGUCCGAAAUGGCAGAGUGGUAAAUCUGGGCACUUACUUGAAACGAAAAGGAGUGACGGAGUAUGAUUUGGUGGACUUUGAGUUGCCGGCCGAUCUCCCAGCUCAUAUCCGAUGCAGAACGCCAACACCACCUCCAGCGCUUCGGUCACCCGAUCUCCUUCGCGCACAAGAGGUUGUGGUUGGGAACAUGCGCAAAGCAUUUUUGCAUUGUCGGCAAUUUGAAAUGGAGACGGAGACGCAAAUCGGCUGGCCGUCGACCAUGGUUUGGGGGGCCGGAUCAAGCGAACUGUUAGUCGAGGCCAACUUUUAUUUCGAAGCUCGCGACGCAGACCAAGGUGGUGACUACCUGAUGCGGGCCUUCAAACAGCUCGAGGUGGACCUGAGAAAACUUUCACCGCAAGGCAUCAUGGAACUCAUCCUGGGCAUGAUUAAUCGCGAUCCCGGCAUGAUGACGGCUUUGUGCAAAUACCUGGCGGCAUACUCGACGACUAAUCUGGAGCGCACACAUCCUCUCCGGCAAAUCUUCACCUGUUUGUAUGAAGUGCAGCAAAAACAUGGAGCACAGACACUGUCUGAACUCUUGUGGACCAGUAUUUCCACCAUUGCGGAGGAACUUGAAGCCAUUUAUGGACGCAAGCAUCCCUAUGUGGCUCGGACAUGGGCCGAUCUCGCACUCUUUUAUAACCAGGUGAACCCUGAGAGGUUGGAGAAAUUGGUUGUUGAGCUUCGCGUCCUGCAGAGGCAGCUCGAGCAGCGCCAUGGCCAUUCCAGCGUCGAAGUGGUGUCUAUCCGAUAUGCUAUACUGCUCCUGGUGUAUGCGGCGGCUCCUCAGUCAGACGCCGCGAAACAAGCUGCAAACGAUUAUUGGAAUAUGCUGCGAAAUAUGGGAACCAUGCAUCUCAUGCGCGACUCCCGCCCAAACAGCUAUUGUUAUCACAGCCCUCUCAAAGUCGACCCAUGGACAAAGAGAUGUCGAAGGCGGUACGACUCACUCGUCUCCAUCCUGGAAGAGCAUGUGGGAGUGAGAAUUCAUCCUUAUUUCGAGGAGGACUUCCACACAACCGAGCACGCCCAAGAACCACAGAAUUCGUGGGCCGCUGCCAUGCAGAUGGGCACGUCGAGCAGAUCAUGGGGCUUCAUUUAG